AUGGGACGCCCUGAUGCAGACCCUGAAGCACAAACGGAAUACGAGCUUCACCCUCAAGAAUAUGAUCCGAACCUCGAAACGACUACAAAUGCAGCCGAUGAGUAUCAAGCACAAACUUAUCAGAACCACAAUGAACAAGGCCAACAAUACCAAAUGGGCGCACCUGGUGGUACUGAUCCCCAGGCUCAGCCCCCACAAUAUCCACCACCAGCACAGCAGCAGCCACCGCAAUACCCACCACAACAACCGAACCAAGCCUAUCCUCCUCCGCAGCGGCCCGCCCCAUACCCGCCUCAAAACAUGCAGUACAAUCCGAAUCCAGCAUAUACUAACAUGCCAAACCAGCAGCCAGCAGCGGCUUAUCCACCUCAACCGGUGCAGUCCUCAAGUGACGCCAUCUCAGACUGGUUACGCCCCUAA